GUCAUUACUAGGAUGAUGGUGUUCAAAAUAGUGGUUUUCUUGUUACUGAUCACCACAUUUUGCAAUGGAAAGGUGAAAAAAAAUAAGCCAAUCUUUGGUCACAACAAUUCAAAUCUUCACACAAACCAUUCUGUCACAACCAUUCAGAGUGAAGAUGGUGACAUCAUAGAAUGCAUCAACAUCUACAAGCAGCCAGCAUUCAAGCAUCCUGCUUUGAGAAACCACAAAAUUCAGAUGACACCAAGUCAUAAUCAUCAGACCACAGAACAACCUAGGAGAGCAUCCUUCACCAAACAAAGGAAAGAAGGCCUUCCUCUCACUAUAACAACACAAUCAUGGCAUAGAAGUGGAAGUUGCCCUAGAGGAACAGUUCCCAUUAGAAGGAAAAAUGGAGUAGAAAUCAGAAAGAAGCCUACCAUCUUUCGUCGUGAUAAAGGGUCAGAUGGUGAUGAAAAGUUAUCCGUCUUGCACCAGAACCAUUCGUUGGCUAUAUUGCUCACAUAUGGGUACCGCUACUUGGGAGCCAAGGGAGACUUUAGGGUUCAUACUCCUCAUGUUGAGGCAGAUGAUGAAUAUAGCACUUCUCGUGUUGCUCUCUCUGAUGGUGGGCCUUCUAGUGACUAUGAAGAAAUUCAGUCCGGGUGGGCUGUAAACCCUAGUGUAUAUGGAGACAGGCAAACAAGAAUUUUCACUUAUUGGACGGUUGAUGCUUCAAAAAAUACAGGCUGCUUUGAUCACACCUGCCCUGGUUUUGUUCAAACUAGUCAUGAGAUUGCACUUGGUGCAGCUAUCUAUCCCAUCUCGUCCCCAACUGGCCUACCCUAUGAAAUUUCUAUAUACAUCCAUCAGGAUCCAUAUACAAGAAAUUGGUGGGUACAAUAUGGAGAGAAAAAUAUUGGGUAUUGGCCCCCAGAGCUCUUCGUGAGUUUAAAAUAUCAUGCCAAGACAGUUGAAUGGGGUGGUGAGGUUUACAGUAGCUAUGUAGGCGAUCGGCGACCACACACAGCAACAGCAAUGGGGAGUGGGCGCUAUCCGGACAUGAUAUUUGGGACGUCUGGGUACGUGAAAAGAAUGAGAAUUCUUGGGAAUUCAAUGGAAUUGAUUCCUCCGACCUGGGCUUAUCCCUGGACCGACGAGUAUAGAUGCUAUGAUAUCUUUUACCUUGACGAUUAUACUGAUGAUCCCAUAUUUUAUUUUGGAGGUCCUGGAAGAAAUGUAUCAUGCCCUUAAU